AUGGCGAUUUCAUCGAUCGCUGAGGAGUACUACUUCAUUGCUGGUUAUAUCGGCUGGGCAGACAUUCACGAUCCUGGUUUCAGGGAUCGUCUGAAAACCCUUAUGUUUGAUCCUUUCCUGGUCGGUCUCCGUUACGACCUCUCCAAUUUUUCUCCCGAUGUUCUCCUCAUCCCAGAGGUGGACGCCAACUUUUCAGCUAUUGAGCAGCAAGGCGUACCCUUUGACCUCAUGAUCGGUCCACAUCAGCUGAAGCACGCCUGCCACCUGGCCUAUAAACAUCCAAAGUUGAAACUCGUCCUCAAUCACUGUGGUAUGCCGGUAGAAGUCAUGGCCACGCAGCCAAGUAAGUCCACAGAGGUCAGUGUUUGUGAACUCGGCCGCUUUUAUGUCUAUCGCUUCCUCCCCCCUCUGUCUCCUCUCAUUUUCUACUUGAUCACAUUCUCUAUCACAUCACACAAGGAGGGUUUUGAUCGUUAA